AUGCAGAUUCAGAAUUGCUACAGGAUCAAAGGAGAUUACUUGACUAACACAGAAACCCCUUCAAUGGGACUGAAAGACUUCCGCCCUAGACAGGCUCAGAGCAUUGGGUAUCUGGGGGAUACUGUUGAAGCAGAAGCAGCGGCAGCAGCAGCGUCGGCCGCCUAUAAAAUUGUAGUAGCAGAAAACAAAUCGUUUGUGGCGGCUGAAGCUGUCAAAGAGGCAGAAAAGGUCUUGGGAUGGCCAAAGACACUUUUAAUUUCCGUUUUCCACAUUUACUGGUUCAAAUGGAGAAGUUCUCCUGAUGGCAUAACAUCUGGGCUUGUAUCACUGGAUUCCACCAGCAAGUAUACUCCAUGUGGUUUCCCAUCCAUUAUUAGCUAA